AUGUAUGAUCGCGGGCAGAUUCCGCAAGGUCAUUGUGGAGUAGCCAAUGCUUGUAUUCUCAAUGGACUCAAAGAAGUAAUUAUAAUUGGUCAACUACUUGCUCAUGUACACUACAGCUAUACUGGUGUGGCGCAAAAUCUUGCCGGUUUCCUCAUUAAGGCUACUCCUUGCCUUUAA